AUGGCCAUAUACAGUGCAGUUCCUCCACCAGAGGAACACACCAACAUUCCUGUCCAUUUGCAGUCAGCGUCCACGCCUGUCACAAAUGGCGCCAUCGACAUUAAUGCAUGGACCAUAUCUGCACUGCAAUCUUUGAGCGUGCCCCAAGUUGCGCGUGGGACUGGUACUCCGUUGUCUAUCCCACUCGACAAUGAAGCAACCACACAGAAGCAGACGCGUGUCGUUGCAUUCAACGAGGCUGGAGGUGAAAAUGCGCUCCCACGUCGACCCCCGUCGAGGCGUGACAGCAUGAAGCGCCGAGAUGAAUUGCUCAAGGGUAAGGAAGGGAGUCGCCAGCGUCGGCGAUGGGAAAAUGACCGGCUUGUUGGUGUUCCCAACGCCCAGCCACCGUUGGCUGCAGAUUGGGAGGUUCGGCCGACACAUCCAGUUCAACGAGUUCCGUAUCAACUCGCCCAAUUCUGGGACCGAGGCCUCCGACAGAGAGUUGAAGAGAAAACAACAAAGCUUCAAGCCGUUCGCAAGAAGCAACAACUCAAAACUGGAAGUGCUACCGGCCUAAGCGUUGGUGAAGUUCCCCGAGACCUACGGGAGAUAGCGAAACGCACUCCGGCCAUCCGGAGUUGGGUCCAUGCAAUAGAGGAUCCUGUCAGGCAGUUCCUUUUCGAAGAGCAGGACCGGCGUUUGGAGUCGGCACGACGACAGCGUGGAAGCGAUGAGAUCUCUAACGAAUCUGAGCUGGACUCGGACGAUGAGGAAAUUGUCUUCGUAGGUAGAGACAGUGCUAUGCGAGAGUUGCGUGAGAAGAAGGAGGCUCGACAUUGCAGGGCCCAGAGGACAGCUCCCCAGGAGACGGUCGAUUCUGGCCUUGUAUUUGACUCCUUUGGUGAGGGCGAAAGUGCGGCUUUCAAGUAA